GUUACUAUUUUUCCUGUGUGGAUCAAAAUAGGACUGCCCCAUUCUCUGCUUUGUCUGUUAAAAUGAGGAAUAUUUCAAAGUUAGACUCACUCCAAACGGAUUAACGUUACCAUGGUAUCGUGAAGAUUAGCCAUUCAGUCUCAGUUUUUAAUAAGAAGGUACGACAUGGUUCUGUGGAAAAGACUAGGAGGAGCUAAUGCUAAGUAAUUGUAUUUUAUUUUUUAAUGUGUUACGUUUUCAGAGUAGGGUUUCAUGCGUAAUCUCGCAUUGCUUUUCCAAUUAGACGUUGACAACGUUAAUGUUUCAUUGAUAAAUGUCAACGGCGUCCAAAAUGAAAGGGACAAAACGGAGAAACCUGAGAACUUCGAGGUUAUUAACCCUCCUUAGCUACGAGAGUGAGACGAUUUGUUACUUGGAGACAUGAUCAUGGGGAGUUGAAUGACCAGCCCGCGGCGUGCUAGUUAGCUAUCUAACAUUAAAGUUGUCUAGUUAUUAGUCUGUAAGUCUGGCGGACCACUGCACAUUGCCAGUGGUGUUCCUGGUAUUCUCCGUGCCCGUGACAAAUCAAACGCGGGGUAUUUUGCGCAUGAUACAGUUUGCAUGCAGCUGACACAGAAUGGACGAACGGAGACCACUGAUGCCCAGCCCGUUAUGGGAUUAUCAGUGGGAGAAACGAAUUUCAACAUUCAGCGCGCCACCGAGACAUGGCGUGCUGGGGGAAACAAAUGGGGGGAUCUGUCUUUCUCAGCUGAUGCAACAGCUGGAUGAAUUGAAUUUGAGGGGAGAAGAACCCACAUCAAAGGUAAUGGGGUUGAAGGACACUGUAGAGAACUGUGUAAAUUUGGGACAAAAAUAUUCCAAGAUAUUUCUACCAACACUCAACUCUAAGUGUAAUUUGAGCACUGGAUCGGCCAUCUGCUGCAGCCCUCUGGAACCCACUUUGCUCCAGGGGCAACUUCAGAGACACCAGCCGGAUCUGAAAUGCUACAAAGCCCUUCGGUCUUGGUCCCAUCAUCCCAAAAGAAAGUACCUCCUCACACCUCGAAACAAUCAAGGAGACAACAGCGGUGUAGCUCAGAGUGAGAUACCCCUGAGAAUAACUCCAGCAGUGGUCACUCACAACCAUGGACUGAGGGACAGAAGAGCAGAGGGACAAGGAACCAGAAACGUGGUUUCGAGCCCUUACUGCUUGGCCCCAAACAGGCUUGAAGGUCCAGGAGCUGAAACGAGUAACAGCUCCUCAACAGGCCAAAGCAGCCACAGCAGUCUCUUUAUGGACUUCCCCUCGGAUGACAGUGACUUGUCGGACCAGGAAAGGACCACUAUGUCAGACCACGAAAGGACGACCGUCUCAGCCCAAGAUUGGGCAACUCCUGUGGAGCUGGAGCUGGACCUGAGGCCUGAGCCAUUCGAUAAGGACGAUCCGAAGGAUUACUCGGAAUCAAGAGAGGAUCGAUUGCCCUAUCCUGAGGUUCUCCCGGCACCCUUAAAGAUACUGGACCUCACGCAAAACCUGUUCAACAGAGCAGACUGGGAGAGGAGGCAGAGUUUUAUUAGGCAGGACCCUUCCCUGUUUGUCCUCGCCAACCGCCUGGUGGAGAUGGAGAGGAUGCAGGCGGCCACCGUUCAGAGAGAGAGAGCUAAAGUGGGUUGGUCUCGAUCGGCCACUGCCAUCGGCAUGGCGAGGAGCACCGCUCGGAUAAGGAAAGCGGAUUUAUUGGGAUCUCAGCCUGAAAUCUUGGUUCCAGGAAUGGAACUGGGGAGCGAGUGCCCCUCGGUUCUGCAUGGAAUAGCAGACCUCACACUUCCUUACACCCCCAUGGCUAGGCGACGUUUGAAAACGGCCUGCGUCCCUUCGAGACAAAGCCACGACACGAGAGGCUCAACUGUCAGUCCCACCCUGCCCAAGCAGCCCUAUUCGAGCUCAAGCAGACCGAGCAAGACGAGCUGCCUUUCAGGCCCGUCUGUGCAAGGCUUGUUACUGAACGCGGUGCCAUCAUCCUACAAAGUGGAGAGGCUAAGGGGCUCCAAGAAAGUGACAUCAAGGCUAAAGAGAAAGUCAUCUUCCACAAGAAAGAGAAAUACCAGGCCAGAUAGAAAGCUAUAAAACAGUUCGUAAUUUCAUUUGAUUUCUCAUUGUAUGAGCAGGCAUUACUGUGUACAAGCUUCCAUUUGAUUGGUCUGGGAACUGAGCAUUCUUUCCCAUAUUUGUUGGCAGAUUCCCAGGGUCACAUGCACCCAAGUUGCAGUGCAGCUUGGCAAUGUACAUUUUUGUUUUUAAACAAGCCAAUUUUGGGACCAUAUUGGUGUCCUUUAAAACAGACUUCACUUACUAAGUCACCAGUCCCAGUUCUGCAUUCAUGGGUGUCCACAAUGUAAUUUGGUCCAUAAUAAUGUAAACAUUUUGAAGAUACUUGGCCAAUUCAAUUAUGUCAUUUACUAGAAUUAAAGUCUGACAGUUUACACAGAAACUGCAAUGGAACCAAUAAUUGUUGCCCUACAAGCCUUAGGCUAUAUCAUCUUGAGCUCAAGUAUUCACUCUCUCCCAGCUGAAAAAGUUUCUUUUUCAUACAACUGCUGUAUCAUCUAUCAAGGUUUAGACCUCCGUAGUUUCUUCCAAGUGCAGAUGAUUGACAUUUAAGUCAAGUGUUACUACUGUAUGCAUGAACAAACUUGUUCAUGACUUCGGCAUAAAGACAUCAGGGAGAGGGUAGGUCUGUUCUUGAGACAAUUUUACAAUCAAUUUGAAAUUCUAAUUAUAUGUGCAAGUGGAUUAAGUGCAUCUGUUUUGACUUAGCAUUGCAGACUUGCUUUUUUGGGCCAAUAAAGAGCAACUUAAAUGGUAACUGAAUGAGAAGAGCCAUUGGAGUCAAAACAUUAGCAGCAAAAACUAAAGCACUUUUAAGAAGCGUUUAUUAUGAAGUGGAUACAAUUCUUUUUUCCCCUAAGUUUAUACUUAAAUUGGUUACAUUUAUGCUUGAAAUACUACGUGAAUGCAGCUCAUUUACAAUGUUCAUCAAAUAUGAGGUGCAGUGCAAGAUCAUCAUAAUAAACAAUGAUGCAAUAAGCAUUAGCAAAUGGUUCAGUGGGAUCAGAGCUGCUUCCUUGGGUGUCCAAAUGGCCAAGUCCAAGUUUUCAAGUCAGAAGGGGAACAGGAAAAUGGCAACUUACCCUGCAAGACAAAAAGCACACACAGAAUCACACUGUUAUUUAGGUAACCAAAAAUCAAAUUGGAAAUAUCUGACAAAAAAAAAAAAAAAGAGUAUUACCUUAUAGUUGGUGGUCGCUUUGGCAUAGAUAUAGCCAAAUUACAGUAACUAAAUUUUCUAUAUAUACUGUUUAAUAAAUUCUACAAAUGUUUUGUUUUGUAAAAAUGGAAAAAGCUCAAUUUAUGUAUGUUUUGAUGUGUAACAGGUACCCGUGAGAAUUGGAGGGGGGGGGGGGGUACUUCAAACACAAUCAAUGAUACAAUUCUCCAAUAACUGAAUUUGCUAAGCUCUAUCACAUUCACAGAGCAGUAAUGAUUAAAAAAAACAGGCCAAGACAUCUCCCACACUCAACAAGCUCAACAGAACUCUCUAGAACAGAAACCUUUGUCCAGGUGAGGUGCUCUGUGAGGAUCUUCUAAGGGACUGCACCUAGAAUACAGAGAACACAUAAACGAGUAUCUGGAUGCUUUUGCCGAUCACUCAUAACUGAACACAAAAAAAAAGUUAACCGUGAAGUUUGAGGACAAACGGUAUGUCAGGACUGGGUCCACUUGUUUGGCCAGGAACUUAAAACAACCUUUUACCAUUGACAUGUUCAGAAAAGUAGAGACUAAACACGUGGCCCAGUACAUCAGCACAGGAAGGAUAUACAUGACAGCUUAUGGACUUAAGCUUUAGGCUUAGGUCUGUAAGACAUAGGGGAUAAGAACGUUGUACCUUUUGUACCCAUGACAGAGAGGCAGUUAUCCAUGACCAAAACAUUACAGUAUCAUGUUCCUUCAGCACUUGUGAAGAGACAAACCAUCCAAACCAAAAGAACUUAAUGUCCCCCCCCCCCAUGACUCUUAGACAUUAGUUGACCCUGGUCUCACUGGCCCAAAUGUACCACAAACGAACCCAAUUUGUACAAAUAUACCGAGAGUAGCAUAGUUUCCAUGCCCUCCCAAAGCAUAAUCUCCACCCAGACCUUAUCCAGACAUAGCCGUUGUGUACAUUUGGCAAUGUGAUGACUAGGAAAGGACCCAAUGACACAUACUGAGCUUUAGAUUUUUUUUUUUUUAAAGCUUCUGUUUACAUCUUUAUACGCGUCUCUCACAUUGUCUUUGAUCUACACAUGCCAUCAGAAAUGACCUUGUUAAGUAGAUGGAGGUCUUGUCUUUCAAAGCAGAACCAGGCAGUAGAGGACGGUGGACAGAGCCUCUUGGCCUGGAGGCUUAACUUGGCUUUGUCUCUCUCAGCAACCACAGGAAAGAGUGGGAGAAACAUCACAAACAGUAAUUAGUGUCAAAACACACAGCACCGCUUUUUCUGUCUUCCAUAACACCCCCAAAUAUCAGCCUAAAGAGCAGACAAACGCUGAAACGGAGGCAGUGCUGCAGUAAAGGCACAGGGUAAACAGAAUGCAGCAUUUCUUACUUUUCUGGUUCUGAAUUUUACAUGUGUUUGAGGUUAAGUGCUUCAGAAAGAAAAAGGAGUUAGUUCGCAAAAAAGACCACAGAAAUUUCUGCAAGGUCCGCACAACCAUGUUUCGUCAAUUUUUUUUUCCACAAAAAACUUUAUUUUACGCUUUUUUUUUUUUUUUUAAUGCAUACUGAGGAUUUACAAUAAUUCUGCGCCAUCCAGUCAACAUGCAGGGAAGACUUCUCAGAUGACAAGAAGCAAAACACAUAAAUCUGAAAAAUAACUGCAUAAAAACUAUGCUUUUGGUUUUGCGGUUUCUUUUUCUCUGUCCCAAGGACGCCCAGAAGAUGGUUCAACAAUACAAUACAAGGGGAAAUAGUAAAGAAGCAAUUACCGCUUGUAACAAGCAGAUGCAAAGAUCAGAGCAGGAAUAUCCCUGUAUCAAAAGACAACAUGAUCACAGACAUGAGUCAAAGGAGGACUAAAACAGAAAAAAGUUUAAAUGGCCUUUAAGAAAAAAAGCACACAAAGAAUUUUACACAACAUAUAAGAGACUGCCAUCUUAAGUCCUCACAUGCAGUUUUCUAAGAUCACUUAAUAUAUAGUAAAGGGUGAAAAACUGACAGAAAGAAAAGGAUAGACUACCCCUUACUAAGUCACAUUUCUGCAAAGAUUUGAAAAAACUUUAUUAAUAGAAGCAGUACACUGAAGGCGCCUUCAUCCAUCAGAGCUUCGAGUCCCACCAGCCCCCCAAAUCUGCACACUAUUGGUUUGCCAAAAAAAUACAUUCAGACUUGCAACUGAAUUUUCAUUGACAGAAAAUGUAAUCGACGUGAGGUAUACAACACAGCGUAAAAUCUGAAACAAACCAUCAGCACAUCGAUUUAAAUUUAAAUUUUUUUUCUGAAAUUUGUGUGAUCGUCCAUUUUGCGCGUUGCUCUUUACACAUGCAAAGUAAAAUGCCAGAGAAGCCAGGACUGGAUUUAUAUAUA